UCAAAUAGCAAGUGUAAAUUGUUUUUGUCGGGUAGGAGCGGCAGCCAUCUUAGUUGUCCUAACGGCUCGCACCAGGAAGUGUCCGACGCCAAUCUAUUACCUACUCGAUUUACUACUCUGGAUUCAAGUCUGACAGUCCACUACAUUCAAAUAGCGUUUUGAAGGAUUACGCUGUGGAUUCUUAAAAUUCCACGAUGGACUCUGACAUUUUAAACAUCGAAGAGAUUGUGAUGGGACGGGCACUGCCAAAUCCACCCCCACAAGCCCCCCCUGAAAAACCUGUGGAAGCUUUCAGGCGGCCCAUCACAUUGAACGGACCUCUUGUACCCACUGCACAACCUUACCAGCAUGAGAAUUUGCAGUGUUUCCAAUGCUUCAUUACGUUCUGCAAUGCCAAAGCCAAGGAAAGACACAUGAAGAAAAGCCACCGGGAAGAGUACAAGCAACAACUUGCACAGGGCAACACGCUCUUCACAUGCUACGUGUGCGACCGCACGUUUUUAUCAUCUGAAGAACUUACACUGCACCAGCCGACACACAGCAAGGAUGACAAGCCUUUCAAAUGUGCCCCAUGCAAGGAGAGCUUCAGAACAUUCACUGAACUUACGACGCACAGAAGGCAUGUGUGUCCAGAGAAGCUGUUGCCGUGUAAAGAUUGCAACGAAACCUUCAGAAGCGUGGCGAUGCUGCGAACGCAUCGCCUGGCACAUCAUACUCGCCCUGACGCAGAGGCCGCCGAGCAGCCGGAGGAGCCCGCCAAAAGCCAUCGCUGCAAAAAGUGCGGCCAGGGUUUUUCCAGCGAGUCAGAGCUGAGCGAACAUGAGCAGAAGUAUCCCGAAGGCCAGCAGUGCAACGGCAGCGACCCGCCGGCCAAGAAGCGCGGACGUCAAGUCAAGGUCGAGGAGGGAGCAGGGGCGGAGAAACGGGGAAAGCGAAAGAAGAAAGACGAGGCAGAGGUUUCUGAGGAGGGGGAGGGUGCCGAACCGCUGGCCGCCCAAGCUGAAGAGAAAGCGAAAACAGGUGGCGCGAAGCGAGGUCGCCCUCCAAAAGCAGUGGGAGCUGUAAAAUGUGAGACCGAAGAGAAGGAAAUCACCACAGCUGAUGGCGAUGAAGCGGAAAAGGGGACGAAAGUUAAAGGGGAGGCCACGCCGCCUCCGCAACACGCAUGCCCCGAUUGCGACCUCUUCUUCCCCAGCACGCUUCAGCUGCGCACUCACAAGAAAGAGAAGCACACGCCCAGAAAGGCCCACCCGUGUGCCGAGUGCGACGAGAGCUUUGCCAGGCCCGAGCAGCUGGAGGCACACUUGUCGCGCGUGCACGUGGUUGGCCGCUUUGCCUGCCCCACCUGCGGCAAGAGCUUCGGCCGUGAGCGCACUCUAAAGGCUCACCAGACGACCCACCCUGAGGAGCAGCAGGAGAACCCCAAAAGAUAAUUGUGAUUGGCAGUUAGAGGUAGUGAUCUCCUCAAUCUGAAGUUAAUGACGUUUUGACAAAUGGCAUUGUAAGGAGGUUUGGAUUUCAAGCUGUAAUCCUACACGGGACAUUUCAUUUAUUAGCUAAAUGUUUCCUUACUGUUAACAAAACCAUAGUUGGUUUGUAAAAACAUUGUUUGUUUUGAUCCAUUUAAAAAAAAUGAGAUGUGUGGUGUGAAUUUUAUUUUUUCCCCGUAACAAAAAGAUUUCAAGAAGUGCAUAUUUUAUGUACUGUUAGAUGCCAUUUUAAAUGUUUGUUAAAAAUAAUGUACAGCUUCUGGUUCAUAUGUAUUUUUUACACCUAAUAUUUUCAUCAUAAAUGCCUCAAUUCCUUUUCUGAUGUCAUAAAAUGUAGUUUGCUGAGUGCUCUAGGUUCAAAUGUGGACAACUGAUCCACGAUCACAAUCACAAUGAUGAAUGACAAAUGUCAUAGACAUUUUGUGAAUGAAACGUAAGGCUCUAUAAUGCUUAGAGUCCCACAGUAAAUAUUGUAUAUUAAAUGUCUUCUUUGGAUGGUUUCUCUCCCCCACUGCUUUGUUUGGACAUUGCAAAUACAAAAUAAAACAGACUCUGGCCCAUGUAGGCUUUUGAAUUAA